UACUCUCACAAACAACCAACACCUUCGAACGCAUAUCCCAAACUCAUACCUUAUUCAUGGCAACUAUCAAGUCCGUCAAGGCUCGUCAGAUCUUCGAUAGCCGUGGUAAUCCAACGGUUGAGGUUGAUGUUCAUCUGUCAAAUGGCGUCUGGGAGAGAGCUGCGGUUCCUAGUGGCGCAUCAACAGGAAUAUAUGAAGCCCUUGAAUUGAGAGAUGGAGGGUCUGAGUACCUUGGGAAGGGUGUUUCAAAGGCCGUAAACAAUGUCAACUCAAUCAUUGGCCCUGCUCUUAUUGGCAAGGACCCGACUGAUCAGACUGGUCUCGAUAACUACAUGGUUCAUCAACUAGAUGGAACUCAAAAUGAGUGGGGUUGGUGCAAGCAAAAGCUUGGUGCAAAUGCCAUCCUUGCUGUGUCACUUGCAGUCUGCAAAGCUGGUGCUGCUGUCAAGAACAUUCCGCUUUAUAAGCAUAUUGCCAAUUUGGCGGGUAACAAAAAGUUGGUUUUGCCUGUUCCUGCUUUCAACGUCAUCAAUGGUGGGUCCCAUGCUGGAAACAAACUUGCAAUGCAGGAAUUUAUGAUUCUUCCUGUUGGAGCUUCUAGUUUUAAGGAGGCCAUGAAGAUGGGCUGUGAAGUGUAUCACCAUUUGAAGGCUGUGAUUAAGAAGAAAUAUGGCCAGGAUGCAACAAAUGUUGGUGAUGAGGGUGGUUUCGCUCCUAAUAUCCAGGAGAACAAGGAGGGUCUUGAAUUGCUCAAGACUGCCAUCGAAAAAGCAGGCUAUACUGGAAAAGUUGUUAUUGGAAUGGAUGUUGCAGCAUCUGAAUUCUAUGGAAAGGACAAAACUUAUGAUUUGAACUUCAAAGAAGAGAACAACAAUGGCUCCCAAAAGAUCUCAGGUGACCAGCUCAAAGAUUUGUACAAGUCAUUUGUGUCUGAGUACCCUAUUGUUUCGAUAGAAGAUCCAUUUGACCAAGAUGACUGGGAGACCUAUGCUAAGCUCACUGCUGAAAUUGGGGAGAAAGUACAAAUUGUAGGAGAUGACCUUCUUGUCACCAAUCCUAAGAGAGUUGCCAAGGCAAUCAGUGAAAAGACUUGCAAUGCACUUCUUCUUAAGGUUAACCAAAUUGGCAGCGUGACUGAGAGUAUCGAAGCUGUGAAAAUGUCUAAGCAAGCUGGUUGGGGUGUAAUGACUAGCCACCGCAGUGGAGAGACGGAGGAUACCUUCAUUGCUGAUCUUGCUGUUGGUUUGUCAACGGGACAAAUCAAGACUGGAGCUCCCUGCAGAUCAGAACGUCUUGCAAAGUACAACCAGCUCUUGAGAAUUGACGAGGAACUUGGUUCAGAUGCUGUAUAUGCCGGAGCAAGCUUCCGCACCCCUGUUGAACCGUACUAACUAGGACUCUCUUGGGCUGACCAAAUUCCCAGUGUGGAAAUGGUCAUUCUAGGACCUGUGAUCGAUUUUCACAUUGCAACUUUUAACAGUUAUGUUCUGAUGUUUUGAGCCUUGACAAUUCUGAACUGAGAAAAAGUUCUCGUAGGCAGAGCAUAUCUUAUUUCUGAGUUUUGACUGCUGGGAAUGCAGUUUGUAGUAGUACUUAAAGAUUUUUGAUGUUUUGGUUUUGCCAUCACAGUUUUUUCCUUGCUAUAUUGUAACACAUUGUGGAUUAUACCCCAAUCCACUGAUAGUGCCUUUCAUUAAUUGAGUCGCCAUGAUGAAAACAACA